ACACGGCACCACAUGGAGUAAUGUUGUAACCUUGACUGAUCUGCUUCAUCGCAGCAAACGAGCGCAAAAUAACAAAAUGUAAGAAGUUCUAUUGCAAAUAUAGGCAGGCUGCUUUGAAUAUCACAGCAAAGUACUGCCAUAAAGAAAUGGAAGCAUACGGGUCAUGCGUGGCCUCCAACCCGUCAACAUGGCAGGAGACGUGUCAUGAACUGAAAAUGAAGGUUGCACAGUGUACAUCAUCACAUCCGGUGAUCCAGAAGAUCAGACAAGACUGUUCCAAGGAGUUUGUGGAGUUUGAGAAGUGUCUCAGGGAAAACCAGGGCACGCCUGCCUCCUGCUCAGCCCAUGUGGCUCGCUUUUUAGGCUGUGCGGAGACGGUGGACCUCAAUGGAAUGGGUAAGCCCUGGCUGCAAACGAUAUACGAUUCAUGUAAAAGAUAAAUAACACGGUACUAGGUAUGGAAACAUUGAUAUUUUUUAAUUCAUCGAGUCUUGAAGCAGUUGAAACAAAAUUGAGUGCACUACUUGGAUGCAACCAGCAGAGGCACUGUUGAUUCAAGCCCCGCUAGUUUGCCGUCUAUGGUGUCUUUUCCCGGCACCAUUACUCACAUAAGUGCUCCAUUUUCUUCCAUAUCAAAACAAUGUGUAUAAAAAGAAAACACGUUUUCCGUUAUGUCAUUAAGGAAAUUUUGUGAAGUGCCCAUCCCGAGGUAACUCUUUAGCUUUUCAAUACAGUAUAAGAGUCCAGUAGAAGGAAUAAUUAUAUGAUCCCCUCAGAAAGACAUAAAUCUUUCUUUUUUGGUUGGGAGUUUAAUUGAGAGACAACGGAGUGAGACAACAUCAACAAAAACAUUCACAAAAAAAUCUUACAUGUACAAAAUUCAUUUGUAUCGAAUUGAAUGAAAUAAUUAUUUGAUUCCCAAGCAAAAUAUGGCUUAGUACAUGAUAGAGAGACAAUUGUUUGCAAGCACAGAGGUCAGAUGUGUCUUGUUGUAGGGAUUUUGGUCCACUCCUCUUUACAGAUAUAAAAAACUAGGACAACUUUGUGUGUUUCAUGGGCGUGUUUCAUGCUCUGUAGGGGGUCGAAUACUUAUUUCAUUCAAAGCAAAUGCAAAUUACGUAAUUUUAUGGGGUUUUUUUUUGUUCAAGUAAACCUACCAUAAAAAUAUACACUGUUCAUGUCUUUGUAAGGGGGUGAACUUACAAAAUCAGCAGCGGAUGAAAAUAUUUUUUGCUUUUUGCUCGUUUCAUGCUACUGCAUGAAUAAUUCAGUGUUUCCCACUGGACUGCAAUCUAUUUGUGGAGGUGGGUCGUGGACGGCCCCCGUGAGUGCUUUUAGGUGGCUAAGGGCGGGGGCACAGCAGCACCAUCUGCUCAUUGAGAAGAGCGAUAUAUGCUUUCAUGUUCGAGCAAGGAUGUCCAAACUUUUUCUGCCGAGGGCCACAUACCGAAAAAUGAAAGUAUGCAAGGGCCACUUUGAUAAAAAGCUCAGCUCUGUGACAGAGGUGAAAAAGCGUAUUAUAAGUAGGAACUUUGGUCUUUACACUUUUUUCCCAUUUUUGUUGGGUUUUUUUUGUGUGUAAUUUUCCAAAUGUUUAAACUUUCUUCUCAAAUAAUCUUUGUAAAUUUUCUUCUUUUAAUACAGUGACUUUAUUCCAAUAAUAAUAUAACUUUUUCCCAAUCUAAUUUUCCAAAAAUUCCGUCUUUUAUUUAGUUUUGUUUGUUUCUCAUAAUAUUCCAACUUAAAAAAAAAAUCUCUAAUAUUUCAGCUCUCUGCUACUAAAAUCACAUUAUUUUUCCUCAUAUUACAAGCUUAUUCUCAUAAUUGCAUACAUUGUUUUGUUAGAAUACGACUUUACAACUCUUUAUUUCUGCUGCUGUUCUUUCUUCUUGUCAAAUUUCUUCUCGUAAUUCUGCGUUAUUUCCAUAAUAUUUUGACUUUAUUCUUGUAAUAUUAGAACUUUUUCCGCAACCUAAUUUUAUUUUAAACAAAAUUUGUUUUGUUUUUCACAAUAUUACAACUUUAAAAAAUGUCUUUCCUUAAUAUUUCAACUUCGUGUUACUAAAACGAUGUUAUGUAUCCGUUAUAACAUUAUAUACAUAUAUAUAAAAUAUGUGUUUUAUAUAUGUGAAUUUCUCUUGGAGACUAAUAAAGUAUCUGCUGUUUUUCCUCAUAAAACUUUUAAAACUCUUAAGGGGUCUGAAUACUCGCUUAAUAUAGUGACAAAAGUCGCUAAGUUGGCAACACUGAACCCUCCUGCUACGUCUUUUUAUUCUCUGGCAGACCAGAUGCGUAUGAGGUGUGUUAAGAAGCAGUUACGAUGCCAUCUACUGUACGGAAUUGGUAUGACAAGCGGCAUUCACAGACAGUCCCGUUAUAAUGUGUUUAUGAGUGAGUGCAAUCAGGUAGCACCAAAUGUAUUUGUGGUGGUCCAGAUUUACUCGUGGCAGGCUGCCGCAAUGGGAAACACUGCAAUUGACAUAUUUCUCAUCUUCCCC